AUGAACAACGAAUUACAGAUAGUUAGAGGCCUCAAAUUGGGAAGAUGCCACAUCGUGGAGGAUAUCCUUGGAGAGGGUGGCUUUGGCAUUGUAACGAAAUGCCAAAAUAUGCGCACCAAAAAGAUUGAGGCAAUCAAGGUGAACAGGAGUGCACCUGAGGAAAUGCAAAUGGCGCUCCAUGAAAUUUCCUACAUGAAGCGACUGCAGUGUCUCGAUGCAGACGCUUGCAACAUCGUGAAGUGGAACGGAUAUUUCUUUCACGAAGAAAGUAUUUGCAUGAACCUUGAGCUACUGGAUCAAAAUUUGAUCGAUUACCUGGAUGACAGAGGAAACCCAGGUCUUCCUGUUACAGAGAUCAGGCCAGUGUUACACCAGCUGGCCACAGCUCUGUUUCAUCUGCACUCUAUCGGUGUGGUACACUUGGACCUCAAACCUGAAAACGUGAUGGUUGUUGACCGCACUCAGCAGCCAGUCAGGGUCAAAAUUAUUGACUUUGGUCUGGCAAGUCUGCUGUCAGAGAUCCAAGUGGGUGACUAUAGAGGAACCAACAUGUACAUGGCACCAGAGAUGAUGCUUGCUGCCCCGUUCGAUGAGACCCAUGACAUGUGGUCUCUUGGGGUCAUAGCGGCAGAGUUGGCCAUGGGGUCCAUGCUUUACCCGGGAGAAACUGACUACGAUGUCCUCAGCUGCAUCAUAGAAACCCAGGGUCAGCCACCAGAUGACGUUCUGAACAGAGGGAUGCAGACCUCUCUUUAUUUCCACUGCCAGAGAAAUAAGCGUCAGCCCUGGAGACUUAAGUCUCCAGAGGAGUUCCAACGUGACAGUGGACUUCAUCCAGAAGACAGCAGGGACAUCCAACUCACCUGUCUGGAUGAUAUCGUGGAGGUAAUGGAGGAACUCGCUGGACCCCACAGUGAUAAACAGGCAUUGCUCAGCUUAAUCAAGAGCAUGUUGCAUCUCGACCCUGGUCAGAGAGUGAAAGCGAGGGAGGCCUUACAGCAUCCCUUCUUUGCUCCUGGUGUCCAGCGCAAAGAGGAUGCCAAAACUGUGGACCUCAUUGAUGAAGCAACAGGAGUCCAACCCCAAACUAGGAGAAACCUCAAGAAGACUUCAGACCUGAGGAAGAUGGCAGACAUGAUGUGA